AUGUCCUCCUCGUCACCCCAGGGCAAUUCGCCUUCACCCCCUCCCGCGCCUUCCUCCGCUCCCCCAGGACAUCCGGAAAUAACUGUCGAUGGGCAGCUUGUCCUUUCUCAACUCGAGGACAACGCAACGCUUGGACGUGCGUCGUCAAAGUCGAGUGACUCUCCGACAAUCGAUCAAGGAUUGGCCACCGUUCAGCUUGGACCUGCCAACCUGUUGAACCUCCUUGGUCAUCGCGCCACAAGGGCUGUUGCCACAGACGUUGAUCAUGGACCAGGUGACACCAGCGAUGCCAGGUCGGUAUCCAUGGGCCGUUCGUCAAAGUUUGGAUUCAAGAAACGCUUAUUGAGAUUUUUCAAGGGCGACCCCAAAGUCGAAGAAAAUGUUCCCGCCUCGGUAGCCUCAUCAGCGCCUGCUAUACUGGUUGGAAUUGAGGUACGCAUCCAGUCAGCCGCACCUGAUCGUAACACCGUACCUGUCUCGUUGGGACUGCACUCACCAGCACAUUCCACUGAAAUGUCGUCUACGCCACUCGUUGUCCCAGCUACCCAGCCGCAGCCGAGCCCUGCUGUGAGUGGAACCCUCCGCGUAGACAUCUUCCCCGAAAAUGUUAUCAACCCCACCUACAAGACCGACUUGCCCAAGCCGCAUGCUCGUGUUGACAAGACCCCGCAGCUUGUCUACUGCUGUAGUGUGCUCUCCAAGGUUCCAGGACCGUUGCAACCAAACUCAGACUGCGAUGUCUCUCAGGAUUCGCCUCUCGACGACAAGGAGAAGGAAUGGGUUCGGCUCAUUGACCCCGUCUUGCAGGACCGAUAUCGAUGGCUUGUCGAGCAGUUGGUCAGAGCGUUCGCUGACAAUCCACUCAAGACAUCUGAUGUGGUCACCGAGAUUGUUCUUGUUGGUUCCGUCCUUGACCGCGGUACCUACCGCAGCUUGCUCUCUUGUUUCAUCUCCAACUUUGAACAGACAACAGCAUUGGAUGUCACUCUGCUCCAGGGUCUUGUGCAACUGGUCGAGUGCGCCUCAUCUGGAUACCUUGUUGACGAUGAUUUGGUUAGGAUCGCCACUGUUCUCUCCAAGGAGCUGUGGAUCACCCACAUUGGCACGAGCGACCACCCCUUGCACCUGACAUUGUCGCUCGCUCGAGUUCUUGAUGUGAUGGUGGCUGGCAAGGUUAAGGAUCUGAACCGUGAACGAGACCAUCAGCCGAUGCUGCAACUCUUGGACGGUCUGAAGAACAGCGACAAUGUUGUCCAGAGGUACGAGGCAACUUACGCCUACCAGGCUCUCCAGUAUGCACCUGACGGCGAGACUCCGCUCCAGGUGCUGUGGAGAUAUGCCAAGGUUGCAGCGGCGGGUGCAGGCGCAGUGUCGAGUGCUUUCAAGUUGGAUCCAGAGGGACUCCUCAAAGGCAUCGAGAGUCUUCAAGAGAUCGGUACAGGGGUUACGGGAGCUAUCAGCACUAGAAUUAGGGUUAUUAAGAGCCUUCGUAUUGGUACUAAUGGGGUCGUCUGGGCAUCAGAGAACAAGUUCGACUUUAUGAAGAAACGCUCGUGGUACCUCGCCCUUCAAGGGACGGCCCUCUUCAUCCGCCAGGGAGGACUUUCGGACUUUAACCUAGUCGUCAGCCAGGCGCCUUGCCGCCACAACGCCAACUUUCAAUGGGGGAUUUGUCGCCAGGUCGGAGAGAUUGCAGUCGACCCGCUCUGGGAUGUUCUUGUCCGUCAACAGGCCGUCGACUUUCUAGGCGAGUUGUUCAGGAGUGGUGCUCACUGGAAACCGCAUGUCGAUGUCAAGCGCUGGAUCCUCACCAUCCUCAUCCAGAUCUCGGGGAUGUCGGAUGUCUCUAUCACGGAUCGUGCAGUUGCUUUGCUGCUAGACCUGAAGAAGGGCGAUAUCGCCGAGUGUCCUGGUUCUUUUCCGUUGAGCAGACGCCUCCCUCUGCCUUCAACCUUUCCGCUUCUUACUAAGGUCCAAGAGAUUCCAAAACUCGAGUACGACCUGCACGUAUUGAGGUUGAUGAGGAUUGCCGACUACAAGCAGGCGGUGUACGUCGACCCCAUGGCCAAACUCAGUCUCCAUGACACGGAUGACAAUUUGUUCCCUCUCAUGGACAAGGUUAGAGACUUUCUUGCCAGCGACACUCAGGUCAUGCUGAUCCUGGGAGAUUCGGGAGCGGGUAAAUCGACAUUCAACCGGCAUCUGGAACACGAGCUCUGGCAGGAGUACAAGGCAGGAGGCCGCAUCCCUCUUUUCAUCAACUUGCCAUCCCUAGAGCGGCCAGAGAGGGAUUUGAUUGCGGAGCAAUUGAGGACCUACAACUUUUUGGAAGACCAUAUCCGUAAGUUGAAGCUGCGCCGCCAGUUUAUAUUGAUCUGUGAUGGAUACGACGAGAGCCAGCUUAUAUCGAAUCUGCAUACCACCAACCUCUUCAACCGAUCUGGGCAGUGGGACGUCAAGUUACUCAUUACCUGCCGCACUCAGUAUCUCGGACGCGACUAUCGGAAUCGCUUUGAGCCAAAGGCGGUGGAUCAGUACAGUCGUAUCGCCAAUGAUCUUUUCCAACAAGCCGUCAUCGCCCCAUUCAGCAGAGAGCAGAUCGAGGGCUAUGUGGAGCGUUAUGUUCCUCUCGAGCCGCGCACCUGGGUCAAGAAGGACUACAUGGACAAGCUAGAGGCUAUCCCCAAUCUGAUGGAUCUGGCCAGAAACCCGUUCCUCCUUACGCUCUCACUGGAGGCCCUUCCUACGGUCGUGCAAGGAAUAACCGACCUCUCCAGGCUUCGUAUCACUCGUGCGGAGCUGUACGAUACCUUUGUGAGGCACUGGAUGGCUGUCAACAAGCGCCGUCUAGAGGAUCAAAGGCAAAGGCUGGACAGAGAGAACCAGGUGGCAUUCGAAGAGUUGUUGGAGGCCGGAUUCGAGCAGAGUGGGGUCAAGUUUCAACAGGAUCUGGCAUCUGCGAUUUUUGUGCAUCAGGACGGGAGACCCAUUGUCGACUACAUCAGCAAACACGAGAAAUUUUCCUGGAAAGCAGCCUUUUUCAGCAUGGACUGCGAGACGAGUCUUCUCCGUGGCGCCAGUCUUCUCAGUCGAGCCGGCACUCAGUACCGCUUUGUCCACCGCUCCGUGUUGGAAUACUUUUUUGCCUGCACCAUCUAUGGCCCCCCCAAGCAGCAUGAUGAAUUUGAUCCACCUGUCCAAUCCAAUACUCCCGCCACUUCGCCCACCAUCAACGCACAUCCACUGUCUCAGAGGAACCUUGUCGUAGAGCCUUCAAUCGUCCAGUUUCUGGCGGAACGCGUCCAGCUGGAUUCUGGAUUCAAGGACGAGCUCCUCGCCAUCAUUGAGAAGUCCAAGACCGACGACCAAGCAGCUCGAUCCGCUGCGAACGCCAUCACGAUCUUGGUCAAGGCAGGAGUACGAUUCAACGGAGCCGAUCUUCGAGGUAUUCGAGUUCCUGGAGCGGACAUGUCUGGAGGCCAGUUCGACUCUGCACAACUGCAGGAGGCUGACUUGACAGGUGUCAACCUCACCAAGAGCUGGAUUCGUCAGGCGGACUUCACCAAGGCGCAGAUGAAGGGAGUUCGGUUCGGGGAGAUGCCGUACCUGGAGGAGGAUGGGUGGGUAUUGUCGUGCGCCUAUUCUCCUGACGGAACAUCAUUCGCUGCAGGUCAUUCCAGAGGAAGCAUCAACAUUUAUGACACCUCCACAUGGACAACGACUCAUACUUUUGAAGGGCAUCGAGGCCGCAUUAGCAGCAUUGCCUAUUCGCCAACCAGCCCCCAACUCCUUUCAGGCAGCAACGAUAGGACAGUACGAUUGUGGGACUGCGAGAGUGGGUCGUGCAUUUUUGUGCUGGAGGGGCAUACCAACGAAGUCUGGACUGUAGCGUUUUCACCCUCUGGCAAGCAGGUCGCUUCGGCUGGAAAGGAUGCGACUGUGAGGCUAUGGGAUGUUCAGACAGGCGCCAAUUUAUUCAACUUGACCGGUCAUACUGAGGGGAUUCGUAGCAUUUCCUACUCACCCGAUGGACAUGUGGUUGUGUCUGUUGGCUACGAUGAUAUGAUCCGGUUCUUUGACACACAGACUGGACAGCCAGGAGACGUCUGGGUGAGUCAAAGUGAUUGGAUGUAUAGCGUUGUAUACUCCCCUGGAGGCCUAGAGAUUGCCGUAGGGGAUGCCCAUGGCAAGUUACUGCUCUACAAUACAACUACCGGCAAGCCAACGAGGAAUUGGAAGGCCCAUGACGAACGAGUCGAGAGUAUGAGCUUUUCGCCGACCAGCCAAUGGAUCGCCACAUGCAGUGAAGACAGCACGGUGAAGGUCUGGAGUUCAGCAACAGGAUCGGUCCUUUCUGUCUUUACCGGUCAUAGUGCUUCUGUCUGUCAAGUAGCCUUUUCGCCAAACGGACUCCAACUUGUCUCGUGUAGUUUUGAUUGUACCAUCCGACUCUGGGACGUGAGCUCACUGGGGAUUGGAAUGGGUGUGGAGGGCGGAUCUGACCCGUUGACGAGCGUACUUUUUUCUCUAGACGGUCGACUUCUCUUUUGUGGUUCCAAGUCGGGAGCAGUGCGGCAGUUUGAUGCUGGAUCUGGAGAGUCUGGUCCUUUCGUUGUUUGCGAAAACAAUCCUGUCGAGUGCCUGACGGUCUCCCCAGAUGGUCGUCGAAUCGCGUCAGUUGGAACGGAUAACAGAGUCGUCACAGUGUGGAACAUUGGAACAGGUCAAGCCGAUGUUGUCUUGCGCGGCCACAAAGAACGAGUGAGAGCCUUGGCCUUUUCCACCGACGGCUGCCGGAUCGCCACAGGCAGUGGCGACAAUACAGUGCGACUUUGGGACGCUCGCUCAGGGAGACUGGACCGCGUGCUUAAAGGCCAUACCGAGACAGUUGUUUGUUUGGUGUUCUCGCCGAGCAGCCAUGAAAUUUUGUCGGGAAGUCAGGAUGGGACUAUUCGAGCCUGGGAUUUGGACAGUCGCGUAGGCUAUGGCCGUUCGGUUGGGCUCUGGAAUUUCGUCGCUGACACGUCGGCGGAACGAGGAGGAGGAAGUGGAAAGUGGAAGUGUUCGGCGAGUAUCCGAGAUAUCUUUGGAGAUGUCAAAAGCAUUGCGUGGAAACCUGCCACGCUAGAGUUUAGCAUCGGAUGUAAGAAUGGGUGUCUUCAAGUGUGGAGACUGGUGGAGACGUCGGCGUUGUCGGAUGCAUGGUCGGCCCAGUUGGUUUGGAGCACUGGAAAUCCUGUUCUAGCUGCCUCGGAUGCUGUUUUUGCCGAUGCUGUUGGUCUCUCCUCAGUCAAUCAGCAACUGCUCACUCAGCGUGGCUAG